AUGAAGCUCCAGUCAUGGUCACGAGUAUGGACGCGACUCCCACGUCCAUGCCUCUAUAAUCAUCAAUCAAUUAUCCGAACCUUUUCCGCUUCUUCACAUCCUCAAUACCGACCUCUCGACAUCCUCCAAAAUGCCACCUUAGACACCUUCCAGCAGCGAUGCUUCCUCCCCGAGCAACCAGCAAUUCUCCCAUCUACCUUCCAAAACCUCCCUGCCUUAAAACAAUGGUUCAACCGCGCAAGUCCCGAGUCAACACCGGGCACCUCGAACCCUGUCGCAAGCCUUAACGUGGAAUAUCUCCACAAACACGGCGCCGACGCGUUUGUCCCACUCGAGCUCACGGAAUCCACACCGACAAACGCUGCAUCCGUAUCUGACGGGACAACAGAAAUGCAUAGCUUCCGGCAAUUCCACGCGCCGCUCUCUUUGUUCCUCGACUGGAUGCGCACGGCUGAGACCACGCCCCAAUCAACGCGGCUCUACCUAGCACAAUGUCAGCUCCUCGACCUCCCUCCCAUGCUCCGAGACGAUUUCCCGACGCCGGAGCUCGUGACACUCGCGGGCAAGGGCGAUGUAUACGAUACAAAUGUGUGGAUCGGACACCCGCCCACUUAUACGCCGCUUCAUCGCGACCCGAACCCGAACUUGUUUGUCCAGCUGGCUGGGGAGAAGGUUGUGCGGUUACUUGCGCCGGCGGACGGACAGGCUGUGUUUGGGGCUGUGAGGAGGCAACUGGGGAAGAGUGGAAGUCGGGAGGCAGCGGCUUUUCGGGGCGAGGAGAUGAUGCAGGGGAGGGAGAGGGCAUUGCUAGAUGAGAUGGUUUGGGGGACUCCGGUGUCUGCUGGUUCGGACGCUGGGGUUGGGUUUGAAGCCUGUCUUGGGGCUGGUGAUGCGUUGUUCAUUCCCAAAGGGUGGUGGCAUAGUAUUAAGGGUGUUGGUGGGGGCGUGACUGCUUCGGUCAACUGGUGGUUUCGAUAG